CCCCGGGCUCGCUCCAUAAAAGCGCUUGUUCUCGCUCCCCCGGGGAGACGAAACUUCCCGGCCCGGCGGCUCCGGCACCCAGGGUCCAGCCUGCGACCAGCCAGCAGGCCUGGACGCUGGCUCAACACCUGUGACCGCACGUGUGCGCGCCCGCCGCAUCUGUUGUCACACCCAUCGCCACCUUUGCCCCCAAAUCCAUACCUGGGCAACGUUGUGGCCUAUAAGCCCUCAACCCACACCUGUGACCCCAUCACCUGUAACAACUGGGCCACGCUAGUGUGGCGACACCUAAUUGCCACCCGUGACCACAAUCCCUCGCAGUUGAGGGCACGCCCAGCCUCUCCACAUCCAGUCCUUGCAGGAGCGAUGGCCGUGCCUCCCGACAGGGGGUCCUCGCGCGUGCUGUUCGGAGACUGGCUUCUGGGCGAGGUCAGCAGCGGCCGCUAUGAGGGGCUGCGGUGGCUGGAUGCGGCCCGCACGCACUUCCGCGUCCCCUGGAAGCACUUCUCGCGGAAGGACCUGGGCGAGGCCGAUUCCCGCAUCUUUAAGGCCUGGGCCGUGGCCCGUGGCAGGUGGCCGCCGAGCGGAGGUGACCCGCCGACCUCCGAGAACGCCCUCCGCGCCGGCUGGAAAACCAACUUCCGCUGCGCACUGCGCAGCACGCAGCGGUUUGUGAUGCUGCAAGACAACUCUGGGGACCCCACCGACCCGCAUAAGGUGUACGCGCUCAGCCCCGAGGUGGGACGGGCAGAAGGUCCAGGCGUUAACCAGGGGGAGGAGGAGGCCCGUGAAGAUGCCCCACCAACCAUGGGCGGGCUCCUCAGGCCGGGCCUGGCAGGAGAUGCUGGUGCGAGGCCGGGGCAUGGGCUGGCCAGGCUGAGCCCUGAGCCCUGCGCCCUAAGCCCUCUUUCCAGCCCAGCUGGCGAUGCUGAGGACCUCUUGCUCCAGGCUCUGCAGCAGAGCAGCCUGGAAGACCAUCUGCUGGAAGCUACAUGGGGGAUGGAUCCGAUCCCCCCAGAAGCUCCUGGUGAGGGGCUGUCCUCUCCCCCAGCCCCAGAGCCCUGGCAGCCCCUACAAGAAGCAGAGCCCCGCCCUGCACCAUCCCCCAGUGCCUGCCCCCUAGUGGCAGGUGAGCGAGUCCGGCCAGGCCACUGCUCACAGCUCCUUCUGCACACAGAACCCAGCCUGGGGGCCCUGGACGUCACCAUCAUGUACAAGGGCCGAACGGUGCUGCAGGAGGUGGUGGGACGCCCGAGCUGUGUGUUCCUGUACGGGCCCCCCAGCCUAUCCGUGGAGGCCACAGAGCCCCAGCAAGUGGCCUUCCCCAGCCCUGCCGAGCUCCCCGACCAGAAGCAGCUUCACUACACAGAGAAGUUGCUGCAACACGUGGCCCCCGGCCUGCAGCUGGAGCUCCGGGGGCCUGGACUAUGGGCCCGGCGUCUGGGCAAGUGCAAGGUCUUCUGGGAGGUGGGUGGCCCCCUGGGCUCUGCCAGUCCCUCCACCCCGGCCCGCCUGCUGCCCAGGAACUGCGACACUCCCAUCUUUGACUUCGGCACCUUCUUUCGAGAGCUGGUGGAGUUCCGGGCUCGCCGGCGCCAGCGCUCCCCACACUACACCAUCUACCUGGCUUUUGGGCAGGACCUGUCAGCCAGGAGGCCCAAGGAGAAGAGCCUGGUCCUGGUGAAGCUGGAGCCGUGGCUGUGCCGGGCGCACCUGGAGGGCGUGCAGCGUGAAGGCGUGUCCUCGCUGGACAGCAGCAGCCUGGGCCUCUGCCUGUCCAGCUCCAACAGCCUCUACAACGACCUUGAGCACUUUCUUGACCACUUCCUCAUGGAGGUGGAGCAGCCCGCCUAGGGCCGGGGCUGGACCCCACCCUGAUCCAAUAAAGAGAACCCCAGACCCA